ACCUCUCUCUCCCGAUCGCAACGCAGGGCAACGACGAGAAAGUUCGUCUUCGUCAACCUCCGACGGAGAUCUGACCCCUCUCUUCCGUCGGCGAUUCCUCAUCUGAUCGAGACUACCAAGAUGAUUGAUGAUCAGGACCUCGGCUUUUUUGCCAACUUUCUUGGUAUUUUCAUCUUUCUCCUGGUAAUAGGGUACCAUUUUGUGAUGGCUGACCCAAAAUAUGAAGGCAACUGAAACAUUUCUAGACUUUCAUAGUUUAUCCCGAGUACUCUUUUUCAGUUGCUUAAUAGGAUAUGAUUGGACAGGUUUGUUGUCACAGUACUGGCAUAGAGUGAAGAACGUUUCUUAUAAUGAUUGGUUGCUUGUUCUA